CCUAACUUCCUAUUGGUUGGAGGCUAGUGUUGUUACAAUAACAACAAGGGCGUUGUUGCCCCUGCAUUUCCCCAAAUUCUCCCAAUCCGAAAUCGAUUCCGGUGCUUAGGGUUCUCGCGAACAGUUGCGAUCGGAAGAGAGAAAAAAAUGGCGAUGAGGAGGUUCUAUAACGAGAUUAAGGGGCUGAAGGUGAAGGAGGUCCCUGACCACGUGAAGCCGAUGCUCUCCCUCGAUUUCGUGAAGAAAUCUGUGCAGAAAGGAUUGGACAAUUACCACGCCAAGUACAUCCAGACCAGCUCCAUCGACCCGCUAUACCACGUCUGCUUCGGCGGGAUGAUCUUCUCUUAUCUUGUCGCCCUCCCGGAAGAGCGCCGCCAUUUGGAGCACCAGCAGCAUGCCAAAGAGCACGGCGGUCACUGAUCUUUUCCUUCGAUUUUCUGCAAUUCAGGUUGUGUGCUAUUCGUUCUUUUUGUUUUCCCGUGAAAGAUGGUGGGCAUUCGUUGGCAAUAUUCAUGAGUUGGAUUAGUAUAUCUGUUCUUGUUUGUCCGCGAAUCAUUUGCAUGAAAGCAAUCGGUGCGGUAGUCUUUUGGUGGUUGUUGUUUAUGCAUCUGGGCGAGAUUUGAUUUACCCUUUAGAUCGUGAAUUGUACAUCAAUGAAAUAUGGUUUGAUUUUACUGCUCAAUUAGUGUACUUGAUUGAUUCAAUCGGGCUAUUGUUCGUCUUGAAUUGGGGAAUUCAGUAGUUUGUUAAUGCUCAUUGGGGAUCAGCAAAUGCUCAUCUAUCUUUUCCCCUUGGUAAGUGAUGUCUGUUGUAUGAUUCUCCGAUGUUUGAGAAUGUGGUCUUAUGUGUGUGCGCGCAAAUUAUCUCCAUUUUUCGUGUUUCCUUUCAUUAUCUAAACUUUGAAUCUUUAGAGCUGGGUUCUUUUGACUGAAUAUUGGGACAUAUCAUAACUCUAGUUGGUGAUAGAGUUGAGAAGGAAAAAUGGAUCAUUGUGUCCAUGGUUGUCUGCUUGUUUAUGUUUACUUACUACAGAGAGAUGUCGUUUGGAAUUUAUGCCUGUGAUGUGAAACCCUGAAGAAGUCGCUGAAUUUGUUGUGCACUUAAGUCAGGAGCCAUUUUGAGAGAUAAAUAUAUUCCACGGUCCUCUGAGUUUGUGUUGUGUUUUGCACGUUUUGUUGAACAAGAGGAAUUAAUAGGGAAUCCUGACUAUGAUUGAGCAUGGAUCCUGAGGUCCUUUCUCUCUGUUCUAGGUGGUUAUCUGAUUCUUUUGGGUUUAUUCUUAUCUUGUUAUUUCUGUGUUUCAUCUUAUUGUGCUCUUGUUUGGUGAGUACCACACCAAAGUAGAAGCGCAUAGCCACUAUAGGAAGUCUUCGAAUUGGCUAUGAUUUCUUCCGAUAAGAGCUUUUGUUAGCCUAUAUGUACUUGUUGGUUGCUAUCCAACGUGGCAGGUGCGUGUUUGUCAACAGCUAGUGCUGGUAACUUGGACAUCCAUAGUAUGACUAGUAGACUUAUUUGUUGUACUCUAUUUGUUUGCUUAUUAUCCACUAGCGAUCUUUGCUGCUGGUUGCUAUGCUUGCUUCUGUGAAUCUAUAAACAUUGAUACAUGGUUAUUGUUCAUGCAGGAUUUGGUGGGGAGAAUGGGUUGAGACGCGGUGUUUGUUAAGGUUGUUAUUUGGUAAUUUUAGAGUUUGUAGGCUGGAAAGAGAUACAGCUACCAUUUGGCUAAUGACGGCUAUAUGAAGUCAUGAAAUAAAUACAUUUGAACUUGUUAUUGCCUUUGAUUCUCCAGUACUAUGCAAAUCAAGUGCUACCAAGGGAAACAUUACUGUUUUCAUAUUUUUGCUUCUGUUUACUGCUAUUGCUACUUUUGUCAUGAAUUGGGAACUUAGAUUGUACAUUUUGGCUAUGCCAAGUCCUUCCAAUGUGGGCUCUUUCUGUUUCUUAUGGUGCUUCCAAAACUAUGGUGGUAGUGGGAUGGCUCGCAACGUGGUUCACCUAAUGCUAAAUAAUCCAAUUUUGAAGUGUGUUUUCCCUUUGAAGAGUGAGGCUGAUUACAAAAGCGGCUUCGAUGAUUAAGAGCUAAGUUGGAUGAUCAUGGAACUUCAACAAAGUUUUAUUUGAGGUGCCAAGUCAACUUUCAGGUGGCUGGUUGACUUCAUAGGGAAGUGGUGGUGGAUCAUGGCAUAAUGCAUGAGAUAGAUCUUGUGGUACCUUGAGGUGCCAUGGCAAUUCUGAGGUGGUUGGUUGAAUUGAAAAUAUGAGGGAAGUAGGAAGAAAAUGAAUGGAUUUUGUGAAGUAAUUGUAAUGAGUAUUUUUAUCUCUCUCUCUCUUUUUUUUUUUUUUAGCCAAGUUGUUAGAAUAACAAUAUUCGAUUUUG